AACUGAAAGAGCAGUUUUCCGGUUUCGUUAUAAUCAAGGAAACAGGAAAAACUAGAAGUUUUGGUUAUCUUUUUGGAAUCACAACUUCUAUUGAUCAUGCCAGCUAUAUGUACAAGGUGUGGUUGGAGGGGUUUAGGGAUGAUUUCUUUGUUUGUCAUCAGUACUUGUUUGGCUUUACUUGGAAUCAUCUCGGUGAUAUAUGGGAUAAUGUUAAUGUUGAAUGGCGGAGCCCUUAGAAACCCUGAUAUAAGUCCAGUCCUGAACAGCAUCACAAUGGGUUCACUUAAACCUGGAGUCCUAAUCAGCAUCCUGCCAAUAUUGCUGAUUGUUAUUGGAGUGAUAACAUUACUAGGAGCUGUUCUGGGUUUACUCAUAACAAUAUUAUUACAGAGGAAGGUUUUCUUAAUUAUAUGCUCUAUUCUGAGUUUCGUGGUAUGUUUGGGAACCAUAGUCAUUAUUGCUCUGUUUAUCUCCGGAACUCAGAUCAGUAAAGAACAGAUGGUUGAAAGACUGCAGGACAACUUUACAGAUGUGUCAAUAAACAGCAGUAAUGAACUGUCUAAUGCCUGGAAUGUAAUGUUUCUGGACUUGGACUGCUGUGGAGUAAAUGCUGUAAACGGUACCACUAAUGAUUUUGACAAAACUCCUUGGUGUACAACUAAAGGUGACUGCCAACAAACAAAUGCUGAAAUUCCAAAGACCUGCUGUGUCAACGUCACAGAAAACACAUACUCUGCAGCCUCUGACAAAUGUUAUUCAGAAGUCAUCAAGAGAACCUAUAAACCAAAGGGAUGUUUCGAGGUAAUAGAAGUUCAAAUCAGUGCCUUCUCUUCAACUAUUCUCGGCGUUGGAAUACCAAUUUUAUUUCUAGAGAUACUUUGCGGUAUUCUUGCUGUCGUAUUAUGUUUCAAAGAUGAUUUCCUGAAUCCAGAAGGAGCCAGUUUUAAAGAAAUUUGCAGGUCGUUUUGCAACCCUGAACAGAAACCUAGUCAGGGAAAUGAACAAGAAUUGCAAGAAAUGGCACCACUUAAAUAAAAACAAGGAUUCAAUUUAUGAGAGGGUAAUUAUAACUCAGUCUACCUGUGUCUUUUUGCAUUUCCUUUCAGUUUGGACGAGAAUUAUUCGAAUACAAAAAGGAUUUGUUAUCAGUUUUUGCCAGUUAAUAGAGUGUUUUGGAGGUGAGGAAAACCAAAAAAGUUGGGAAAAAAGAGGAAGUAUACAGAAUCACUUGAUAUAAUUUUUGAAAUUUAUGAACAUUAUAAAUUAAGUAGAUCCUAUGUAGAAUAUGUAGCAGGGCACAUUUUUCACAUUUCGAAAAAAAGAAACAUUUGUAAAGAUAUAAAUCUUAAUGUGCAGGUUCUUUAUUUGGUAACAAUAAACUUAAUAUUGAUCUAAAUGAACGGUUCGUCUCAUUGUUAUCGUAGUUUUCUAUUUUUUUUUGUAAGAGGUUGUUAAAUAAAUAGAGGAUAUUCAAUGUUUUGUAGAUGAAUAUGGAAUUAAUCACACGAGUGGGACAAAUUUUUUCUUUUAUAUUUUCACGAGUGCGAAGCACGAGAGAAAAUACACAAAAAUCCUGUCUCAAGAGUGAAAUAAAUUCCAUAUUCAUCAACAAAACAUUGAAUUUUCUGUUUAUUACAUUUUCAUUGAAUUUCCCUUAGUCUUUUAUAAAACGGUGUCAUAUACUGUGACGUCAUAGGUAAGCGGUUGAGACGUCAUGAGAGAUUGAAAAACUUUGUAAACAUUGAUUUUUAUCAACGUAUUUGGAGAAACUUUGGUAGUUUUAGUAUCUGUCAGGAUGGUUCAUUUACUUUCUCUAUCUUAUGACAGGCAAGGGAGUUUUUUUU